AUGACGCGCUUGGCAGAGCUGCUCAUAAGUGCUCAGCCCGACGACCCCGAGGACUUCCUAUGGGCUCGUCUGGAGGCACGCAGCUUCGGCGAAGACGCCACCCACAGCGUUGUGUUCUCCACCGACGGCUACCCAGUCGUGCGCCCCGAGGACCCGACGCAAGUGAGUCUGCUAAAGGAUAUUCCGGCGACGUCCCCAGGGUACGUGGUGGCAACUGGUCUGCUGCCGUUGCUCUUUGCGAAAAAGCCGGUGGACCCAAUCGGCUACCUUUUCUAUCACAUUGGCAGCCGCACACGCUCCAGCGCCGCCCAGUCGGUGCACUCUUCCACACGGCACCUGCGCUUCGGUGAAGGAGACGAAGGGUUUGAUGCCGAGAGCUGCACCUCCCGAGAGUUCGAUGAUGACAGCAACUACGGCGCCGACGACGCCGAGGUGGGCAGCAUCGGCGGUUCGGUGUCGAUGGUUCCUCUGCAGCGGAAAGGCUCUUUGGGCAGUCUAUUCGACAGCGCGGCCGCCGUGCAGUUGCAGCGCCGCCGCUCGGAGAGGUCAGAAAACGCGCGGCAGCGCCUGUCCCAGAGCGCGGCAGUGCCUCGCAGCAGCGGCAGCAUGAGGCGCAGCGUGACGGGUGCAACGCGCGCGUCGCGGGACACAAGCGCUGCACAGCCCCUUCCGCAAGAGCUCGCCGCCCUCAGCGGGACUGGCUCAUCGUGGAAGCGCGUUAGUGCUGCACAGCAUGAGGGAAAGCCUUGUUCGCCGAUGCGCGUCUCCCAUGGCAACAGCCCUGUGACGGUGGCGGAUAUUGGCAACAGCCCCACGCGGACUUUUCGCAUUCCCUCCCUCACUGCUAGCCCCAACACGCUGCACAACAUCGACUCCGAUGAGCAUGCGCGCGUGCGAAACGAAUUCGGGCUACUGCGCCUGCGUGAGGAGCUGCGGCUCGAGCGGCUACAGCACGAAGUCCGCAUCCUCACGCGUGAGUGCGAGUAUCGCAACCACAUGGCACUAUUGAACAGGACAGACCGCAUGGCCGAUCGUGCGGCGGCCACGGCACAGGAAGCCCUCGAAGAAGCACAGAAGUACCGUGCUUUUCUGUGCGCUCAGAUCGAUCAACUGGAGUUAGAGAAGCAGCGGCAACUACGACUGAUCUCGCAGCACAUGGCCCAGUCGUCGUCCCCGCACUCUGCGGCGGUGGAUCCCCGGAUUCCAUUGCCGACAUCAGGACACUGCCUUGGCGCUGAGUCAUCGCUUCUGUACACGGAAUCGCAGGUUCCCAAUGAGCUGGAUAUCUUGAAGAAGCAGGUAGAGCUUCUCGCGAUGGAGCAGGCACGCGCGCGGAGUAUGAGGUAUGGCGUGGCGUCAAGCUACGCGGCAGCCGCUCCUCACACAACCCGGUUCUCCAGCUCUUCGGCUGGAGUCAGCGGGUCGGCGCGGGCGUCGUUCCCAAAAUAA